CAAUACAACACAACCUCAACCUCAACUAUAACAUUCAACAUUCAACACCCCACGGACUCAUUGUCCGUUGACUGUAGGUGUGGCUGAAAGCUGAAAACGAUCAGAAAUGUCUGCUCAAAAGAACACGCUGUUUAAUUAUUUUGGAAAAUCGCCGGCGGGGAAAGCGUCUCCGAGUGGAAGUCCCGCUCCAGGAACUCCUAAGACAUCGAAAGUGACAGAUUCGCCGUCCGCGACGCCCAAGCGAGCCCUCUCUAGUGCGGCGCGGUCAGGCGCUCAAGACAGUCCAAAAAGCUCCAAAUCGGAGUUCCAACUGAAAGAUAUUGUAUGGGCUAAACUUGAUUCCUACCCCUGGUGGCCCAGUUUGGUCUGCAAUGAUCCUGAUUCUGACAAGUUUCUCCGUGGAGCCAGUAUCCACGUUCAAUUUUUUGAUGACCCUCCUACAAGAUCAUGGGUGAAGUUAAAGAUGGUAGAAAAGUAUGGUGGAAGCUCAGGAAAACCUUUGCCAACUUCCCAGGUCAAAGAAUGGCAGAAAGCUUGUGAGGAAGCAGACAAGGCAUUAAAAAUGAGUGAUACUGAAAAGGAAGAGUUGAUUGUAAACUUUUCUGAAAUGGAUGAGGAUAAAGAAAACGCAAGCGAUCAUGAUACCUCAAUGAAUACAACUGAUGAAGGCAGCAAGAAAGGAGGUGCCUUCCAGCUUGAUAGUGAGGAUUCAGAAGAUGAAUUUAAGCCAAAGGAUGAAGAUAUGGAAAGUGCAUCAGAUGAUGAUGGUUCUGAGGAGGACAAUCCAUCUGAAGAGGAAACAUCUGGAGCUGACGAACCUGAAACACCUUCACCUGACAAGUCAAAGAAGCGGAAAAGACCAGCAAAAGCCUCUCAUACAGGGAAUGCUGCUAAAAAGCCGAAUGGUGUCAUGGGUCCUCCCCGAACACCAACUGUUAAAACUGCUGUCAAAAAUCAGUUGGCCUCAUUUAGUGCUUCUAAGAAUAGUCCUGCUAGACCUGCUAACAUUGAAAGUGCUGACGGUAGUAAUGACUCUACUGGCGAGGGAGCAAAUGGCUCAUGGACACAUCUCAAGCUUGACUUUUUGAAACCAGAAAAGAUUCGCGAUGCUAAUAAACAUCGACCGGAUCACCCAGAUUACAAUCCCAGAACUCUAUUUGUACCAGAAGAUUUCAAAAGGAACCAGACCCCAGCUAUGCGUCAGUGGUGGGAAAUGAAAUCACAGCACUAUGACUGUGUCUUAUUCUUUAAAGUGGGCAAAUUCUAUGAAUUGUACCAUAUGGAUGCUGUGAUUGGGUGCAAUGAAGUAGAGUUGACUUACAUGAAAGGGGAUUUUGCUCAUUCUGGAUUCCCAGAGAAAGCUUAUGGUCGCUUUUCGGCAUCUCUCAUUGAUAAAGGAUAUAAGGUAGCUAGAGUGGAACAAACUGAGACCCCUGAUAUGAUGAAUGAACGAUGUAAAACUAUUCUUAAACCUACGAAGUUUGACAAAGUUGUCAAGCGUGAGAUUUGUGCUGUGACUUCUCGUGGAACCAGAGUUUUUGGUGUUCAAGAUGGUGAACCUAUGGAUAUGGGUUCCACAAAUUAUCUCCUGGCUAUUUGUGAAGAGGAAGUUGAUUCUAAGGUCUCCUAUGGAGUUUGUUUCAUUGACACAUCUAUUGGCACAUUUCACAUGGGACAAUUCACAGAUGAUCGCCACUGCUCCCGCCUUUUAAUGCUUCUUGCUCAUCAUCCUCCUGUUCAUGUUUUGUAUGAGCGUGGAGGCCUUUCUGAUAGAACUCUUCAAUUGCUGAACAGCCAGUUAACUGCUGUAGUGAAAGAAGUUCUUUCUCCUGAAUCUGAGUUCUGGUCUGCUUCCAAAACACUCUCAAAACUAGCUGAGGGUGACUACUUUUCUGAAGAAGGCAAGCCCCAUGAAUGGCCUGAAUCACUCAAAGUGUUCAUCAGUGAUGUGGACUCGCUUGGUCUUUCCCCUGCUGAAGAAUACCAACUUGCUGUUAAAUCUUUGGGUGCAAUUACUUGGUACCUGCAAACUUGUCAUCUCGAACAGCAACUCCUUAGCAUGCGUCGUUUUGAACAAUACAUUCCAAUUGAUGCUGUGGAUGGAGCAAAACUUCCUGGACUCUCUGGGCGUCACAUGAUCUUAGAUGGAGUUACAUUAAAGAACCUGGAUGUGCUUCAAAACAAAGCUGGCACCCAUGAGGGCACACUUCUGAACUCCUUGGAUCAAUGUUGUACACCAUUUGGAAAAAGACUACUGCACCAAUGGAUUUGUGCACCGCUCACAACAGUCUCCAACAUUGUUUCGAGGCAAGAGGCCAUAUCAGAACUUCUGCAAAACAGCCAUGUGAUGGAGGAGACUAGAGGAAUGCUGGCAGAAUUACCAGAUCUGGAAAGGCUACUUAGCAAGAUCCACACUCAAGGUAACAGUGUGAGGAGUAAAACUCAUCCUGAUAGUCGUGCAAUAUUUUAUGAAGAUCAAAUUUACUCCAAAAAGAAAAUAAUGGACUUUAUUGCUACCCUGAAUGGAUUCAAGAAAGCUUAUAAAAUAGGAAGUCUCUUUGAAAGUGCCAAGGACAAUAUGAAUUCAGAUCUGCUAAAACAGGUUACUUGCACCAAAGCUGGAUAUCCAAAUGGCACCUUUCCAGACCUAGAGGAACCUUUGGAAUUUUUUGAGAAAGCAUUUGAUCAUGAGGAAGCUCAGAAAGAGGGCAGAAUUAUUCCUAGCACUGGGGUUGAUCCUGACUAUGACAGUGCAGUUUCAGAGUAUGAUCAGAUCAAAAAGGAACUUGAUGCAUAUCUUAAAAGUCAAUGCAGUCACUUUUCAUGCAAGGUAGUUUAUUUCGGGACAGAUAAGAACCGCUUCCAGCUUGAAGUACCAGAACAUGCUGCUAAGAAAGCAGGUAAUACAUAUGAGUUAAAGUCUCAAAAGAAAGGUUUCAAACGAUUUUGGACCCCAGAAACUAAAGAUCUUCUAGCUCGAAUGACCCAGGCUGAGGAGGCAAAAACAUCUGUUUUAAAGGAUUUAAAUCGGAGAAUUUUUGCUCAAUUCAGUUCUAAAUUUGAAGUGUGGGAUGGUGCAGUUCAGAGCUUGGCAGUGCUUGAUGUGCUGAUGUCCCUGGCUGAGUAUGCCAGAAAGGAAGAGGGAGAAAUUUGUAUUCCGGUCAUCACUGAACCAUCCAAAUGUGAUAAGCCUUUCAUUCGUUUAAAGGAGGGACGGCAUCCCUGCCUGUCUGGUGAAACACUUGAUAGCUAUGUCCCCAAUGAUACAGUGAUUGGCACAGAUGGCAUUGCAAGUGUUAUUUUAGUUACUGGUCCUAAUAUGGGAGGCAAGUCAACCCUUAUGCGCCAAGCUGGCCUCCUCCUCAUCAUGGCCCAUAUGGGUUGCCAUAUUCCUGCUCAAGAAUGUGAAUUUUCUCCCAUUGACCGUAUCUUUACUCGUCUGGGUGCCAACGAUGAUAUAAUGGCUGGUGAAAGUACAUUCUUUGUGGAGCUUAGUGAGACAUCUGCAAUUCUUCACCAUUCUACAAAGCAUUCACUAAUCCUUGUUGAUGAACUUGGCCGGGGAACCUCCACAUAUGACGGGACAGCAAUAGCCGCUGCUGUAGUUAGAGAAUUGGCGUCUCUCAAUGCAAGAACUCUGUUCUCUACUCACUAUCACACAUUGGUCGAUGAGUUUAAAAAUUCCGAACAAGUCACUCUUGGACAUAUGGCUUGUAUGGUUGAAGAUGAUAAUGACGAAGGGGGAGAGGAGACAGUUACCUUCCUCUACAAGUUUUCUGGAGGUGCCUGCCCCAAAUCGUAUGGCUUCAAUGCAGCUCGUUUAGCUGGAGUACCUUCUCAUAUAACUCGAGCUGGGCGUUCAAAGGCAGCACAAUUAGAAAGAGAAUCAGAAAGACGACGAGUUUUCAGAGCACUUUGUGGGUUUGCUGGCAAACCAAUUCCUAAUGCUGAACUGCAGUCAUUACUUGCAGCUGUUUAAUUAAGUGCUCUCUUCUGUCCUUGUAUUUAUUGUGUUUUUAAUAGUUGAACUUUUCAAUGCUUUGUGAUAACCUUUUUUUCAUCACAAUAGGCUGUUUAUUUUAAUAAGAAAUAUACUGUGUAAGUUUGAUGUGAUACUGUUUUGUAAGUUACUUUGCAACAUUUAAAAUAAAUGAUUGGCAACUAGAUACCACAGUCAUA